CUCUGUCGUUUUGGUGACGUCAUUAUGAAUUCUCACACACGCGGUACAGUCAGCAGUGUUCCCUUCCUAUUAAGACGACAAAUAUAAUUCCAGAUUAUCUCCGAAAAAUUGUCGGUUAAACGACAAAAGAGCAAGCCAGGAUGGAUCCUGACCCGAGCGAAGGUGCAGCUCUCGACAGCUGGGAAGAACAGGCAGAUCCUGGACCGGGAAAUCACGGAGAUACGGUCGACAUUGGCAGUCAGUUCUCGGCACUGAACGUUAAUGCGAAGCCCUUCGUUCCCAACGUGAAUGCGCCAGCGUUUGUUCCCAAUUUCGGGAAUUAUACCCCUAAAACCGAACCUUGCAGCACCAACGACAAGGAUGAGCCAUCAGGCCAGGCCUCACCAGCUCAAGACUCGGGCAUCGCAGAAGCCGAAGAUGAGGCCACACCCCAGCAACCUGUGCCUGAUGCCAAAGAGCCGGCGCCCCCUGACCUGGAUGGAAGGGAAGAGAAUGAGGAGGAAGAAAUAAACAGCAGUCCUUCCAGUGAGGAAGAAUCGGGAGCCAGGGCAGCUGCCACAACUGUAGCAGACACCGCCACCAAGUCAUCAAUGGCAACAUCCAGCAAGAAGACCAAGAAAACUCAGGACACCGAGAUCAAGGAGCGCAAGGUUCAGAUGGAACACGUCAACGUCAUCUUCAUCGGGCACGUCGAUGCCGGAAAGUCUACCAUUGGUGGUCACAUAAUGUAUCUGACGGGUCAAGUGGAUAAGCGAACCUUGGAGAAGUAUGAAAGAGAAGCAAAGGAGAAAAACAGAGAGAGUUGGUACCUGUCGUGGGCACUGGACACAAACCUUGAGGAACGGGAGAAGGGGAAGACGGUGGAGGUGGGCCGGGCCAACUUUGAGACGGGGAAGAAACACUUCACCAUCCUGGAUGCGCCGGGUCAUCGGAGCUUCGUACCCAACAUGAUCUGUGGGGCGGCACAAGCAGACCUGGCUGUUCUGGUCAUCUCAGCACGGAAGGGGGAAUUUGAGACGGGUUUUGAGAGAGGAGGCCAGACGAGGGAGCACGCCAUGCUGGCCAAGACAGCGGGGGUCAAGCACUUGGUGGUCCUCAUCAACAAGAUGGAUGAUCCUACCGUGGAGUGGUCAGAAGAGAGGUACGAGGAGUGCAAGACGAAGCUGAUCCCCUUCCUGAAGAAGGCCAGCUUCAACCCCAAGAAAGAUAUCUUCUUCAUCCCUGUGUCCGGCAUCACGGGAGCUAACCUCAAGGAUCCUGCAAGGGAGGUCUGUCCCUGGUACAAUGGACCAGCGUUCAUUCCCUACAUUGACAGCUUACCCUCACUGGGUAGGAAGCAAGACGGACCGUUGCGGAUGCCUAUCACAGACCGAUUCAAGGAUAUGGGAACCAUUUUGCUUGGCAAAAUUGAAGGUGGAAAGAUCAGAAAGGGCGACUCGGUCCUCAUGAUGCCUAACAAGACAAAUGUUGAAAUAUUACAAAUCACCUCCGAUGAAAACGACACAACGGAGGCAAAAGCAGGCGAGAACGUCAAGUUAAAAGUCAGGGGCAUUGAAGAAGAGGACGUGUCGCCAGGAUUCGUGCUGUGUGACACCAGCAGUCCUUGCCACACAUGCAAGGUCUUUGAUGCACAGAUUUUGAUUGCUGAACACAAGUCCAUCAUCUGUGCUGGCUACAGUGCGGUGCUACACAUCCACACAGCGGUGGAGGAGGUCCAGAUAACUACCCUCAUCGCCUUGGUCGACAAGAAGUCCGGGGAGAGGACCAAAAUGCGCCCCCGCUUCAUCAAGCAGGACCAGGUGGCCAUCGCGCGGUUUGAGUGUGCGGGAGUGCUGUGCAUGGAGACAUUUAACGACUUCCAACAAAUGGGACGGUUCACUCUGCGCGAUGAAGGAAAAACUAUUGGUUUUGGCAAAGUAUUGAAGCUCCGCUAAGUUAAAGAGUGCGCAGCAUGAGGCCAGUCUCAACCAGACUCCCACUGAUGUCCGAACAAACUGUAGCGGAGACAUGCGAGCCACCUCCACACAAUGAGAGAGUUGUUAACCGACCGAGCUAGGUUUCUCGUUUCUGAUGCCCAGCUAACAAUUUCACAGAUGCUGGGGUCUUGCAGAUAUUUUAUUGCCACACGAAGUAUGCCGAGUUUCUGCCUCCCUGUCUGGGGCACUGCAGCCGCACAGCUCAAGCUGUGAAUGAAAGGGCAUUCGCGAGUUGACGAAAUCAAGUCUGUUCUAACCCUGUGCUAAACUUUGUUGCGACUUCCUGGUCGUGAAACGUAUGCCAGUCAAUAAUGGUUGGUCCAGUGUUGGUGACAUGGCUGUUACAUGUACCCCAGUUGAUAUAUCACCAUGCAUUACAAAGAUCUACAAUGCAGAUCCAGUGGCAUAAUUGGGCUUAAUUUCUGAGGGAGCACCUACGAGGGUGCACAUAUUGUUUUCAAGGGGUCACCAAAAGCAAGUUAAGCGUGAGUUGUACCCGACCUGUUGCCAAAGGGAACAGUGUACACAUAUUUCCACAUUAGAGAUAGCUGAAUUGUUGCAAUUCUUUGAAAAUCCUAGUUUGUCUUGAUGACGGUGCCAUUUCAGCUGAACGGCAUACUUCUUGGAGGUAAUAAACCUCUGCUUGUAAUUUCUUUGUAGGGUACUCUGCCCUUAUUAUUCAACCCACUAGGAUGUGUGAGAAAGUCAUUGAAGUUGCCGGAUUGGGACUGUUGGAUUUAAUGCAUAUUUGAUUCCUUUUCAUGGUCUAUCAGAUAUUUACGAAUCUGUUCAACCAAAUUAUUGUUAUUUUCUUCAAAAUAAGAAAAGCUUUUAUAUGGACAUAUACAUGUAAAAUGAGGUUCGAACGAAAAAAUAUUUGACUAGGAAACUGAAUGCAGUCGCUUUUGCAGUUGCUGCUUCUAAGAUAUGUUCAAGGAUAUGACACGCUUUGUCAAAAGUGAGCCAUGUUUUUAAUUUCCAUUCUUGAGAAAGCCUUUGCAACAACUGUUGUAAAUUUUGCUUCACAUUUUGUGGAUUGUCUUUGAUCAUGUUAUGGCAAAAUAAGCCCAUGAACGUGUGCACUGCGUGUAUGCCCAUGGAAUGCAAAAUUUACACAUGUACACCCUAACUCCUGGUUUUAUUUUUUUCCAGCUAAGAACCUUCCUUAAUCCUUCAAAAUCAACCACUGGGCAGGAAACCAGUGACGUAUUCUUGGCAUUUCAACUUCUAAGGGACGAAAAGCUAUCCUCGGUCCUUCAAAAGAUUGAAUCCUGUGCUGAAGAAGCGAGCUUAUGGUGUGUCAUCUUGAGGGUCACUGUUUGCUUGGAAGAAUAUCUCCCUCGCUUGCUCACGCAUGUAUAGUCUAUUCUCUUGUAAGGUGCUUGGCUUCCAAGAAUGAUAGGCCAAUAAUAGGCCAUCCUGGGCCAUUUUGGCUGAAAAACAUAAUAUGGGGGAAAAGGCAAGCUAUAUGUCACUGAAGUUUUACAGUUGUAAAUGCAAACCUGACAAAUACUGACCCUUGAGAGACAUUGAGAGACAUUUGUACAAAUAUGUUCUAUUCUCCAGACUGCAGCUUUGUAAAGGCUUGCCAGUGAAGCAAUAUUUGCUACAACAGGCCAAGUACCAGCAGAGCAGCCUAGUUCAACACAUGGCCCAUCUUUGUAUACUUGCCUGGGCUGUUCUUUGCGUGUACAGAAGUAAUGGAGAUGAGAUAGCUGGAAACUCGAAAAAAAAAAAAAUGCUUGACGAUAAUACUUGUAUAUACAUGCACAUUACUAGAUCGUGCUUACGUGCCCUCCAAGGUGUGACCUGGUCAAUGUAGUGUUAGACUUUGCUGGAUUCUGGAAGCUUCUCAGCAAAAAAAAUAGCCCACGCAGUUAAUAGGGUUAAGAUUGCAUUGAAAUCAGUCGUUUAUGUAAACUGAUUUAAGGCUUUUGGUAAAACACUGGUGAAUAAGCUAAGAAUAAGUGGUGUUGAAUUGCAUCACAGGUAAUUUAUUUCCUUGACUUGCGACCGUGUAUAGUUUUCUUGUACAGACGUUAGUCUCUUCUAUUCUCCAAAUGCCCACUUAUGAGAGAAACUGUUGCCGGUUCCAGCUCAUUCUGCGGGCGUGGCUCGCAAUGUGGCCGUAUAAUACUUUUAACAAAAAGUCCUGUAAAACAGCUUUCACUUUUGAACCUAAGAAAACGACGUGUAGGUUACACGAGUACACUUUAACUAACUUUUAACUUCAGGAGGUGAGGUUACAUUUUACCGAUCUGGGUAUUAACAUAGACCCAGAUAAUUUUGGGCAAAUAAAUAUUGCUCCUUUUCUUUGUUCUCUUAAUCAUAUAUUCACGAUACCCAUUGGCAUUGUUCUUUUGUAGUAAACUCGAGAGUUCCUUUUUUUUCUGAAGUUGGCCUAGAUAUUGUGUUUUCUCCCAUGGUUAUAUAAAUUGUUAAAACUCUCUUCUGAGAAUACUUCUUGAAUUGCGUGGGUUUUGGAGACUCCUGCAUACUCGAUGGUUAUGCAUUCAAGAUGGCUUCUCUGUGUUUGCUUGCUUUUCUUUCUGUGGUUAUUAAAGCAAGUAGAGGCAAAAAGUGCACCUUUGCUGUCACCGAGAGGUUAUUGAUAGGGGUCUUGAUUUCUGUGGAGGUUCACUGUCUUUGUGCACUUCAGAAAGUUAGACCAAAAUAAGUCGCGUUGCCUGUGAUUAUAAGAAUUUGUUUUCUGACUUUUUUGCAAUUGGGCAACUUCUCCAUUCAUGGAAGAACCACUGAAACCCUGUCCAUCCAUUUCCAGACGAUCAUGUACUGUUUUUGUGUAAUGCAUGUACUGAGCACCUAAAGGAUACAACAGAACAUUAAUCUUGAUUCUAGGUGUUACUGUUUGACUUUCCAAAUCCUGAUCGUGUCAAGCUGAAAAAAAAACACUUCUACAGUACAUUUAACAAUGGUUUUAUUUCAGUGGUACCUGGCGACCACACGUUAUUGACCAUCAGAAUCACAGUCAAAAGAGAUGCCAUGUUAUCAAACUACAUGUGCCAGUACAUGUGUAAUGGCUUUUUUCCUAAGAACUAAUUUGAUUUGUAUGAGAAAAGUAAAAAACAUUACUUGCUCAUCAUGCUGGGUGUAUUAGUGGUCAUUGUUUCGAGGAAGUGAUGUUUCUGACAAGUUCCACAAACCAAGGAUUACAUUGCACACUAGCAUUUAUAGAUGUUUCUCCUUUCAAAGUGGAACAGGGUAUUUUAAAGAAAACCAUUUUUUUUCUACAGAUGCACUGCAACAAGGGUGAGCCUGCAUAAUUUUUUUGUUGUCACGUUGUGCCUUUCAUCACUGCGUGACAACAGUAUGACUGCCUGAAAGGCCUUUGUACUCAAUUUUUUUCUUUGAUGUCAACAAUUUGCAUGCUUAAAUUUUGACAUCAAAAAUUUGCACACUUAAUUUUUGACGCCAAAAAUGUACAUGGUGAAAUUCGUCUGAAAUACGUACAAUUGCGUGUUCAACAUGAAGUUGAACUAUAAAUGUGCAUUGCCACCUUCCGUAUCACAAAUUUGUGUUCAUGCUGGUUUUCAUGCCAAUUUCUAAACUGGCCUAUUAUGUGUGUUUGGAGGAGGGAAGUGAUCCGAUUGGCUUGGUCAAAGAACAGGUCAUCCUUUAUGCUCUGCAAAUUUGAUUCGGAAAAUACAGUCCAAGAGUUCCAAAGUGUGACAAAAUGGCCUUAUGUUGCCGAGUCUGACAGGUUUGGAUGGUAACUGUUACACCAAAAUGCUUCUGAAUCGGCAAAUUGAGUUUGGGACCCAGGUUUGCAAAGGUGGAAGGCACUGCUGCCACCAGUGUUAUUGUUAUUAGUAAGCUGAGAAUCAACCAAAGCUGUUCUUCUGCUUAUAUUUUGUUUUCUUUCAUGCUGAAGUCGGAACUAGACAGCACUUGCCCAUUACCGGGUGGCAUGUGUGCUGGCAAGGUAGUACCCAUACAAUAAUUGGUGACAAAAGGAGCAUAAAUGCCGACGUGUUUAAAUCUUGGUUUGGUGUUAUUGUACAACAGUUAAUAAAAAUGCUCAAUGAGUUGGAGAAACA